GAGCAGGUGAAAUGCACCAUCAUCCGUUCUGUUUGAUCUAACUAUGCUCUAAUAUUAGGACCAAACCAGCUCUUAAUCAGACGUAUUUGACACCAUGUGCAGUACCACAUACAGUAUGGGAAAUCAGGAAAAGAGUUAUGAUAAAUGGACCCAACCUGGCUGGAGAAUAGAGCAGAAGUAUGCAAACAAUGUUCUAAUUGGCAACUGGGUGGAAGAGAAGUUUCAGUUCACUCGAGAGUGUAAGACAGCCAACAGCACCAACCGUGCAGACUACCAGCCACAGUGGGACCACCGGCCAGACGUCAUCCUCAGACGAGAGGCGCUGCGGAAAGCUGAGGGCCUUCCCGCUAAGCUGCUUCUCUCCCACCACGGCACGCUGCCCUCCCAUUACCUGGUCACCCUCUAUGAUGAGAUGUAUGGGCGCCAGGGCACCUCCACCCUGCCUCCCUUGCGCUCCUGGCAUCCAGACAGGCUGGCGUGGACGCCAGAGAAGUCUGACCACCCAAGCUUGGCACCUCCAACUAACUUUGGCCUGGUGGAGUCUAGACAGGUCCGUCUGGAUCAGCAGCAGUCCCCCCUCCCUGCGCUGAGUGUGUAUAGGUCAGCGUACCAGAAGUACCCACUCAGUGCUUUCUGCCAGCCCCGCUUCGCCAGUGUGCCACGAGGCCACUCCAGUAAGCUCCAUCCUGCCAAUCGAAUCAACAAGGACAUGGAUCUGAAACAACGGCCCUGCAGACAGGUCCCAGACAACUCAGUCUCCGCCAGCCUCCUCCCUCCCCUGUCUGUUGUGUAGACACAGAGCUCGGGCCCUGAGAUGGCGCCUCACACGCUGUUUCAAUACUCCGUGCUCUAAGGCAUGAAAAAUUAAAUGAAGCAGAACAUAUGGGAUAUCAAAAUAUGCAGAAAAUUAAACAGGAGUCUCAUUAUAAUCUCUUGAAAUCUAGGCUGUGUGUGUGUGUGUGUGUGUGUGUGUGUGUGUGUGUGUGUGUGUGUGUGUGUGUGUGUGUGUGUGUGUGCGUGCGUGCGUGCGUGCGUGCGUGCGUGCGUGCGUGCGUGCGUGCGUGCAGGAAGGGAAGGAGUGUCCGCAAAACACAUCUGAACAUUUAGGAUAAUCACAUGCUAAUUAUUUACCUCGCACUUAAUAUUUUCAAUUUGCUGUUUCGCUAUUUGCCGUUCUUGUCUACUAAUGUUUUGUAUUAUGUCAUGUUUCAUGUUUUGUGUAGACACAGGAAGAGUAGCUGCUGCCUUCGCAACAGCUAAUGGGGAUCCUAAUAAAAUACCAAAAUACCAAAUACCCUAGCCUAGUGUUGAUGUCAGAGCUGACCUGUGUGUCCAUAUCAGGAGCAAUGAGUGAUGCAAGGCAAACUCUGAGGGGACCUGUCUAACUCCCAUUCCAUUAGGUGUUUAAUUACAGGGAAUCAAAGUGUUUAAUUAGGAGGAAUAAAAGAUGCUUAUGUG